AUGGUUUCCGUAACGAUCACCUACAAGAAGCCCGGCACGCAGCCUCCCAUCUUCGUCGCCGGCUCCUUCUCCGAUCCACAAUGGCAGCCUCAGGAAAUGCAAUUCACUACCGAGGACGGCGGAGAACACACCUUCCACAAGAAUAUUGAGGUGCCGCCUAGCUCGCAGAUCCAGUAUAAAUUCCGAGUUGGUCUGGGUGACUGGUGGGUUCUCAACGAAGACGCCCCUACAGCUCCGGAAUCCCAGGAGUACAAACAGCUCAACGGUGACAACGGCGAGCAAGCUACCAAAGCUUCUGAAAGCAUGAAGGCCUCAGAUGCCGCUGCUGCUCAAUCGGCCUCUCAGUUUGAGCCGAAUUUAAAGGUUAUAGAUCACCUCAAGGACGGGGAACGGCAACGACUCUCAUCGACGCCAAUUGAACAAGUCGCGGCUACCGCAGCAGAGGUCGCCGACAGCGCCGCGGAGCUCGACACCGAAGAGGAGGCGGCUCGCCUUGCACCACUUCUCAAAGGCGUCGAUCAGCUGAAGGAUGAGGAGCGAAAGCGCCUCUCGUCGACGCCUAUUGAGCAGGUUGCUAGCGUUGCCGCCGAGGUUGCCGACAGCGCCCAAAAGCUGGAUGUUGAUGAGAACCUCGAAGAGAGGGACAACGCAGAAGACGGCCCCCCGCCACUGUUUGCCCACGAAGCUCUAGGACCCUACGAGCCUUCGGGCAGUGACGACGAAGAGGAGGCUUCUAAGAGGUUUGAUCACCAUGGCACUGUUGAUUACGACGUCGACAAGUACGAUCUCAAUGAUCCGACGUUGGAGCGCUGGCCCUCGAACCGCAGCGAGAUCAUCGACGCCGUGCGCAAGGUCGAAACUGGACGUAACGAGGAUCAGACCACCUUCCACGGCGCACCUGUGUCCCCCAUUAUCGUAUCGCGAAAACCCAAUCUUGAUCACUACUAUGAGGAAGCCGUCAUCUCGUCAGGACCCUCUAGCCCAGGUUCCACCAAGAGGCUUGAGUUGCCUAGAAGAUCUCACGGCUCAAUGGUAUCAGACAGAUCGCUCCUGUCUCUGGGAUCAAUUGCUGAAGAGGAUAAGGAAACGCCGAGUGCUGAGGAAGCCGACCGCGAGAACGAUGGUUUGGUCCGGGUCCCGAGCCCUGCGAUACGACCAACACCAAACACCUUUACGUCACCCGCGAGCGACGAGGACGAGGGAGUCGUUAUGAAAGGUUCCAAGGCCAAGUCAAAGAAGAGUUCGGAGUCGGCAAGGUCAGAGUCUCCGCACAUUAACGGCGAGUCCAACGGCAAGCAUCCGAUGAAUAUAUCGCCCAAGACAUCGCCCGCACAGCCGGACAGCCCUAGCAUCCAUGUCGAGCCACCCGAGCAGGCUGGAGAGUCCAGCAACACUCAGGAUAACAACCAGGCAAAGUCUGUUGGCUUCAACCCUGCCGAUUCGGCGUCUACGACCGGCCGAGAUGGUGGUCACAAGGGGCAAAUCAAGAAGCGCGGAGCUUCAUCGACCGAACGCCCUAGCACUCCUUCCUCGAUACACAGCGUCACAGACAGCAAGGGUGGCUGGCUGCACGCUUUCUUCCGCGUGUUGUUUGUAGACUGGAUCGGUGGUUUGUUCAGCCGGUUAUUCGGCAGCAAGAGAAAGGCGUAA